AUGAGCGUGCUGACGAAGAACCUACAACUGAAGCAGGGUGAGUUGCCAGAGAAGAUCGAGCGGUCGAGUCCGCUCUACAAGCUGCUGCCGGUGCUCGACGAGGAUGGGGUUCUGCGCGUUCGUGGGAGGCUGGAGAAGAACGAAUCGAUCCCGUUCGACAAGCGAUUCCCGAUCAUCCUGGGUCGGAAACACGCCGUCACCAAGAAGAUCAUCCAGCACUACCACGAAAAGUACGGUCACGCGAAUCGGGAGACCGUGUUCAACGAGCUGCGUCAGAAGUUUUGGAUUCCAAACGCACGGGCCGCGAUCCUGGAGGUCGUCAAGGAGUGUGUGUGGUGCAAGGUGAACCGUUGUGUGCCGUUCGUCCCAACAAUGGCGCCGCUUCCGGUCGAACGCACUGCAGCAACCAUGCGACCGUUCAGCGCGGUGGGCGUCGAUUACCUGGGACCGGUCGAAGUCACGGUGGGUCGCCGCAGAGAGAAGCGCUGGAUCGCCGUCUUCACGUGCUUAGCGGUCAGGGCGGUGCAUCUCGAAGUGGUCCAUAGCCUCACCACGCAAUCGUGCCUGAUGGCCCUCCGGAGGUUCGCGUGCAAACGCGGCGUUCCCGAGAAAGUGUUCUCCGACAACGCUACGUGCUUUUGGGGAGCGGACGCGGCGAUGACGAAGGAGAUCAACAAGGAGUGCGCGGGGCAGAUGACGUCGCCGACCACUUCAUGGUCCUUUAUCCCACCUGGGACGCCCCACAUGGGCGGGGCCUGGGAACGGAUGGUGCGAUCGGUGAAGGAGGCGUUGCGCGCACUUGACGACGGACGAAAGCUGACCGACGAAAUUCUCUCGACAUCUUUGGCCGAGGCCGAAGACAUGAUCAACACUCGGCCGUUGACGUACGUCCCUCAAGAUUCCGCUGAAGAAGAAGCCAUCACGCCAAACCACUUCCUGCGCGGGACGGUAACGAGCGUGGACCUCAAAGUGGACGAGACGGUGGACACCGCUGCUGCACUGCGAGAUGUCUACAAGCGGAGUCAGCAGCUGGCGGGCAAGAUGUGGGAGCGGUGGUCGAAGGAAUACCUGCCCUCGCUUAACCGGCGCCCGAAGUGGUUCGAGGAUCGGAAGCCGCUCGAAGCUGGAGACCUGGUGUUCGUGGUUGACGGCAAGAACCGGAAGAGCUGGGUACGAGGUCGAGUAGAGGAGGUCUUCAAGGGGUCGGACGGACGAGUUCGGCAAGCGGACGUGAGGAGUGCGGACGGGAAGGUCAACAGGAGAGCCGUGGCGAACUUAGCGGUGUUGGAGAUAAUGGACGGUAAAUCCGACGUGCUGGAAUGCCCGACGGAUGUUACGGGCUGGGGUGUUGCGACCGCCAAGAUGGGAACACUGCCGUGCGGUGUGACGGCGACGGUGCAAUCGUCCGACACCGUCUUGGCUGUCAACACACGCGCGAACGGGGAACAAGCAAAAACAAUGUGCGUGUGUGACACCCAGUCACAACAAACCACGCUGGGCAAGUCACCAUUGUGA